CACGUUCAUAAACGUACACGGGACAGGAGCUACAACUAGGCCCGUAGAAGUUGGUUGCGCGCGCCCCUACUAUAUGCAUGUGCUCAUGUGUGUCCCUCUUGGUCACGAGACUGAGGGUAGGGAUAAGCUUCAACUAGGCGUCUUUCUCUUUCGGCUUGGUCGUCCCGCCUCGGCGCGGCCAUUUUCCUUCUCUGUUUGCUGCUUUGCUUCACUAUACGAGCUAGAGAGAAGGAAUACACAAGAGAGAUUGAAGAGCAGUACAUCAAUGGCUCUAGAGUCGAAUGGUAACAACGUGGUGUGGUUGAACACAACGCAAGCCGAUCAAAUACAGCAGCAGGGCCAACAAAUUCAGGCACCAGUGAAGUGUUCCAUGUUUACACAAACGGAGCAGACCAACAGCUUCACACAAACUGAGCAAAGCAACUCCAGUUACGCUGAUCAGCGGCAGCCCCAAGAAGCAACGAUGUUCGACCCUCAGCAGAUCCAGCAACAGCAGGCUGCGCAGGGCCAACAGUCGCAGCAGCAACAAACUCAACAGAUGUAUGUAACAAGUGAUAAAAAGGAGGACAAAUCUGGGCAGCAAUCAGCUACCACGGAAUUUCCUUUUUAUUACAACGUCAACAUGUUGCAAAAGGUUCAAGCCAACGCGGUGGGUACCAUUGGUGCCAUUACCACUGACGACAAGGGCUGUUAUCGCUUCGAUGUACAACCCGUUGGCUACAACACCCUCAUUAAUCAGAUGAAUCUAGCUACAAAUACAACUUUUAAAUGCGACAUAUGCGGCCUCGUAUUCGGUCACAUGAGUCUGCUAAACCAUCACAAACGUAUUCAUAAUUCGACGCCAAGCAAUUUGCAGCAGCAACCUCAACAAGUAGUAGUACAAACACCUACGACAGUGACAGUUGCAACAACUCCAGAAAGACCAUAUACGUGUGAUGUAUGUGGAGCAUGUUUUGCGUUACCAGGAGAAUUAAAAAGUCACAAGACAAACAUGCACCAAAAGCCAAAGGUGCAAAUAUGUGAAGAUUGUGGAAGCGAAGAUCCCUGUGAACAUCAUCCUACUAAAAUAAAAAAAACUAUUAAACCUGGUCAUCAUCCAGUGAAGCGGCGUGGUGUCACCAGUGUAACCAAGUGCCACAAGUGCAAUGGCACAGGCAUUAUUUUCAUUGGUAAACACAACGAAAAACUAGAUUCCGGAAUCAGUUCCCUCGCUAAGUGUAGCGGCUGCAAGGCAACAGGCCGCAUCAUCAUAGGAAGCGGAAAAGCAAACAGUCAGCAACAGGAGAAGCCGUUUCAUUGUAACGUUUGCGAUGGCACGUUUUCAAGAUAUUCCUCGCUAUGGUCUCACAAGAGACUGCACUCUGGUGACAAACCGUUCAAAUGUGAAGUCUGCGGCUUAGCUUUUGCUAAGGCGGCGUAUUUGAAAAACCAUGGCCGUGUUCACACGGGUGAGAAACCAUUUAAGUGCAGCCACUGUGGUAUGCAGUUUUCACAAUCUCCGCAUCUCAAGAAUCAUGAGCGCAUUCACUCUGGUGAGCGACCAUACCAGUGUGAAGUUUGCGAAAAGACUUUCGCUAGGCAUUCAACUCUCUGGAAUCAUCGUCGAAUUCAUACGGGAGAGAAACCAUAUAGGUGCAACAUCUGCGGGAGUGCGUUCAAUCAAGCUACACACCUUAAGAAUCAUGCUAAGGUCCAUACCGGAGAGAAACCACACAGAUGCGAUAUCUGCGAGAUCGGCUUCUCUGACCGUUUCGCCCUGAAGCGUCAUCGAGCGAUUCACGAGAAGUACGGUCAAACAGCCGCCCGCAACAGCAAUGCCAAUGCCAGCAAUGCCCAGCAGGCAAACGCGAGCAGUCAGCAACAACAGGCUCAGCAGCAACAGGCCCAGCAACAGCAGCAGGUUGUGGUGGUUAACGCAACGACGCCGGUGACGGUGAGCCAGGCUCAGGGUCAGGCGGUCAUGCUUGAGGAGGUGUACAAGUGCCAGGUCGCCUUCCCUGAACCCAAAUGAUUCGACUGAGGCUCGGAGCAGCCGCAGCCAGAACAGCAACAGCAACAGCAACAGCAACAGAACAGAUACGCUUUGAUCGGAUGAUGAUGGCCAGAUUUUCUAUGGACGAUGACACGGUUGACACUCCGAAUACGAGUCUUUGUGAUUCUGCACAUGCCGUGUACUCGAAUAAACACGCGCAUACAUGCAACACGCAGAAUUGGAAGCUGAAAAGGACAAACUAAAGUGCGAUUGUGUGCGUGAUUGUGAGGAAGUCGUGGCUCAAAGUCUCUGUCGCGGUUAAAGUAUUUUUGUUUUCUUCUGAAUAAUAAGGGGAUUUUGAGGUUCUGUGGUUUUUCCUUUUAGGAAUGAGAUAAAAUGUGUACAUUUUUGUUUUCUCGCUUUUGGUAUUGCGUCAAUUUGGAGAUAAUAACAUGGAAAAUAAAAAAUUUUUAUAUUUAGGA